GGGCAGGGAGGGGGGGAGAGGGAGGGGGGGGAGGCGGGCAGAAAGAGCAAACUUUUCCAAGAUAAGAUGGGAAAACAGAUGGCAAGAAAAAAGAAGAAGACGAAAGACAGAGCAGGAGGAGGAGGAGGAGGAGAAAAAGGAGGUGCAGAGAGGAGGGUGAGGAGGACCACGACGGGGAGGAAGUGGGCUUCGAAUUCGAAGUCCUGCCUCGUGAGUCCGGCCGCCCCCCUCCCACUUCCACGUUCGAAUCCUUUGCACGCCCGCCACUGCCGCCAUCGCGCAAAGGAGGACGAAGCAGGGCAACGUGGCGGCCACAGCUGGCAAGGGGCAGACGUGGAGCAGGCACAGCAGGGCCAGCAGCGGGCACAGCACGGCAGCGUGAGGAGCCCAGCACGGAGCAUCGCAAACAGGCCGCUGUUUGUUAACUGCGUGAACCGCUCUCAGCACUCGGCACUCAGCAUGGCGAAGGCCAAUGGAAAUCGCACGAGGGAGCCUCCAAACAAGGGACGAGAAGGAGCCGCUGGCAAGAGAGGUGGCGACGGUGCAGGGAAGGCGGAACAGGGGAAAAUCUUCCAUAGAGUUAAGGAGCUGCGUCAGGCAGUCAAGAAGGGACGUCAAUUCGAGAUCAGGAAGCUCUGUCGGAGAGUCAAGGAGACAGAAAAGCAUACUGCGAACCUUGCUGCUGCUGCUGCUGCUGCUGCUGCUGCAGAAAUCCCUGUCAGUGGAAAGAGCAGAGAUGACAAGAGAGGGGGCACCACUGCUGAACCUGACGCCAGGGACGGGUCUACGUCGGAGGACCAGAAGAAGAACGAGAAGUUGAUCACGACUGCCACUGCUGCCACACGGCAGCUGGAGAAGCUGAAGCAAAAGCUCGAAGCGCUAAGGGCUGUUGCAGUGGACGAUGUUGUGAAGCAUGCAUGCAUCUCGGCGGGCUUACCAAAGCCUGACGCAGAGGAGAUGGUCAUCCAGCUUCGGAAGUACAUUGAGAAAUUAUUGGCCAGUGGAGGCGGAAAGGGUAAUUCCAAGCAAGAGGAACAUGGAGAUAAUGCCAUCGCCGCAGGGCGUGGUCUUCCGGAUACAGCAGAACACACAUGGGCGAUGGAUCGUCUUUUGAAUACCAAGUGUGUUGAGGAUGAGGUAUUGAUUCUAAGGGACACCAUUACCCGUGCUAGACUCCACGAAGACGAAGAGGUAAUGGGGACCGGAGUCGAAAGGCCAAAGGUGCAGAAGAGAAAAGCUCUGGAUGGGGAAGAUGUGGGGAGGGAAGUGCAGCCAGAAAGCGCCCCGGUUGUUAAGAGAAAGAAGGUCGUAAAAUUUGAUGAUUCGGCUAUGGAAGAUACGGAGGCGAUAGAUGAAGGCCCGGAGAGAGGAGGAGGAUUACCUCAGAAGAAGGCAUCAGCUCAAAGACAGAGGAAAUCGAAGGGGGCAGAGUCUGAGUCUGAUGUUGAGGUGAUUGAUAAGGAGAUGGCGGGGGUGGCAAUCGCGAAAUUGCAAUCAGCAAACUUGGCAAGGCGUCUCCAGAAGAGGCAGAAAAAGGUGCCGAGCAGCGAGGAGGGAGAGGAGGAGGAGGAGGAGGAGGAGGAGGUGGGGGAGGAAAUGGAACAGAGAGAAGAUAGCGAAACUGACAGUGGGGUAAUUUCUGCUAGUGAUGUUGAUGAGGGGGAGAGCUCGGAAGAAGAGGGUGAGGACGUCAGUGAUGAAGGGAGUGGAAAAAGUCAGAGUGAAGAUGAAGACAACAAGUUUUCCCAUUCCGGCGAUGAUGGUGAGACGGACGACGACGACGCCGAUCAAAGCAGUCCGAAGGCGCACGAUAAGGUCUCUGGAAAGAGGGACCGCGUACUGCUUGGCAAAGAGAGGAAUAGGGAAAAUGGGUCGAAGGGGAGGGAAGGGAGGAACCCGGAGACGGCGGGGAUGAUGGAUAGGAGUGGGAGGGAGCAGAAGAGCAAAAAGGACCUCCUGCAUGGGUCUGAAGGGGGAGGAAAACGGAAAGAAUCGCAGCGGCAAAUGGAUGCUGCAAAGGCACGUGCACGACUUGAGGUGAAAUUGAAAAGGCGGCUUUUACGGACUACAAAGGCGGGAGGAAACAGACUUGGCCAAAGGGAGAGAAGAAGGCUGGCAGAGAUGAUACUAGGUGAGAAGGCACGGCACUUGGCCGAAACGUCAACUCCAGUUGGGCAACUGCAGUAUCGUCAGCCGUCCAGGCCCACUUCUGAACAAGAUUUGUCUUCUGUGAAGGGUGUGAAAGGCAGGGAAGUAAGUGCUGCUGCUGCUGCUGCUGCCGGUUCAUUGCAUGUGAAAGGGGGCAGACUGAAAACGGGUGGAUCUGUGCCGGGUGCUGGCAGAGGAAAGAAAAAAGAGCAGAUGAUUGCUCAUGGUUCGGACGAGCGGCGUCUUCCGGCGAAGGGUCGGGGAAAGAAUGAGCCGGAGAAGAAGAACGAAAAACUUCAUCCUUCUUGGAUCGCCAAGAUUGAGCAGCWGAAGAAGGCGGUGCAGCUGAAUGUUGCGGCUGGAAAGAAAAUCAAAUUUGACGAUGACGACGAUGAUUGAUGUGUCGGAAAACUUUAGUCGUACGGCUGGUAUAUUUUUUCACCACAGAUCUCACGAACAAUUAUUCGCAUCACUCGCUGUAUAUGACAGUGAAAAGUGAGUUGUAAAUCUAUUUGCGGGUAUUGCAGGAUAUAGCCAUGCAUCAGAUUUGGGUCCAAUUCAUUCGGUGCGCGUUAUGCUCGCUGUGUAUCUCAAAAUUCUCUGUCCAGUAAUUUUUAUUUGCAUACAUGCGGCGCAUCGAGAUGCGCUGCUCCACGCA